AGCGGCGCCUGCCGUCCCCGCCAUCGCCCCCCCCGCGCGUGGCCCGACAGGGGCCAUGGAGCGCGCGGGCGCGCCGUCGCGCGGCAGGCGCGACAGGCGGACUACGGCCCAGAGGUGGGGCGAGGGCGCCGCCCGGUGCUUCGGCAUCGAGGGCAACUUCCUCGACGAGGAGGGGAACAUCCGGCUCUUGCCGGUGCCGGAGAGUUUUUUCUGCCCGAUCUCUGCGGCGAUCAUGGUGGACCCGGUCGCGGCCGUGGACGGGUGCGUCUACGAGCGCGACUACAUAGAGAGGUGGUUUCGGGAGAGGCGCCAGGCCCACCAGGCCAUCACGUCGCCUGCCACGGGCCUCGAGCUGCCGUCCACAACCCUGAUGCCCCUGGUGGCGCUGCAGCGUGCCAUCGAGGCCUACCUCGCUCACCGGCCCGAGCUCCGACGGGACCACCUCGCCGGCAGGUCCUUCGAGGAGGCCGCGCAGGUCCUGCAGUCGGACCUGCUCGAGAAGCAGGCCGUGAACGCCACCGUGCACGACGAGCUGCGGCACCUCCGCGAGGCCAACAAGGCGCUGCGCAUGCAGCUGCGCCGGGCCGAGGCGGCCUGCUCGGGGCUGGCGGAGGAGCUCAGCAGGCUGCGCUCCGUGGCGCGCUCGUCGGAGGACGAGAAGGCGGAGGCCAGCUCGAGCGACCGUGGAGCGCGCGGCGGCGCCGCCGCCAGCAGCUCCGCGCGGGGCGGCUGCGAGGGCGCGCUGGGCGUGGCCGGCGAGGUCCAGAGCAGGGUCUCUUUGGAGGCCGCCCAGGCCGGGGCCAAGCCGGGCGCGGCGCCGCGCCGGUGCCUGCGCGCUGCGCUGCUGUACUCGCUGGUGGCGGCCAUCGGGGUGCUCGCCAGUGGCCGCCUGUACGGCGACGCCGGCAGCAGCGGGCGCGGCGGCCACGGCGGGCGUGCCGGCGUUGCUGCGGAGCUUCCGGAGCAGGUCGGACACCUGCUGAGCAGCCUGCACAGCAUACAGACCUGGAUCCACUCCGUCGGCUUCGCCCCCGCCGAGCCGGCCGCGCCCAGCGGCCCGCCGCCGCGGCAGCCACGGCCAGAGGCCGCCGCCGCGCGGCUGCCCGCCAGGAGCCCGGCCGAGCAGGACGUGGCGCUGCCGGGCCCGUCCAGCCCCGACUGCGAGAGGUCGCAGACGAAUUCGAGCAGGUGCAAGACGCAGGAGCCCGAGGAGGCCGCGCCGAGGCCGCUUUCCAUGCUGCAGCAGAUCGAGCUGCUGCGAGUGGGCGGCCCCGAGGAGAAGCAUCGUGCUGUGGUCUCGCUGUUGGACCAGCCCACACCUGCUUCUGCGGACGGCGGCCUGGAGGCGAUGGUAGGGCCACUGGCAGGGCUGCUGGAUGACGACAGCCGCGAGACGCAGCAGGUCGCGGCGAUAGCGCUGGGGGCCCUGGCCGCCAAGAGCGCCGCGCACCAGGCCGCCAUCGUGCGCGCGGGCGCCGUGCCGCCCCUGGUUCGGCUCCUGAAGGGCAACCACGCGCAGAUCAUGGCGGCCAACGCGCUCAGGAACCUGGCCGCCAACAACGACAAGAACCAGGUCGCCAUCGCCCGCGCGGGGGCGGUGGCCCCGCUGGUGCGGCUGCUGCGGGACAGCGGGCCGAACGUGCAGGCGGAGGCGGCGGCCGCUCUGGGCAACCUGGCGGGGGAGACGUCCCCGAACCACCACGAGAAGCAGCUGGCCAUCGCGAGGGCCGGUGCAGUGGCGCCGCUGGUGAGGCUGCUGGGGGCGGAGGCGGCGCUGAACCGCGAGCUCGCGGCAGGGGCGCUACGUAUGCUCGCCACCAACAAUGCCGACAACCAGGUGGCGAUCGCGCGGGCUGGCGCGAUCAGGCCUCUCGUGCUCCUCCUGCAGGACGACGCGCCCACCGUUCGCCUGGAGGCCGCGGCCGCGCUGGGCAACCUGGCGUUCUACAACACGGAGACCAAUUUCGGGAACCAGCUGGCCAUAGCCGACGCGGGGGCCGUCCCGCCGCUGACGCGCCUGCUGCAAGACCCGGCGCCCGGCGUCCGCGAGGCCGCGGCGGGCACGCUGCGGAACCUGGUCGCCCGCAACCCCGAGGUGCAGGCCGUGGUGGUGAACUCGGGCGCCCUGGGGCCCAUCAUGCUGCUGCUGCAGCAGGGAGGCCUCGAGGCGCAGCUGGAGGCCGCCGGGCUGCUCCGUAACCUGGCGGACGACGAGGGCGACGGCCAGGCCGCCGUGGCGGACUUCGUCGCGCGGGCGGGCGCCGCGGCGCCGCUGCUGGCGCUGCUCGAGGCGGAGGUCCCAGAACUGCAGGAGGAGGCCGCGGCGGCCCUGUGGAGCUUGGCGCGCAACAACGAGGCCAUCCAGGCCGCGGUGUCUCAGGCAGGCGCGAUGCUCCUGGAGCCCGCGCCCCACGGCGAGCCAUGAAGUGGCCGUGCCGCGCUGCGCCGCAGCGACCCGCUGUGUGAGGGCGCGGAAAGGACGGAGCGAGGGAAGGAGCGGGAGGCCGUGGUCCCACCCUGCACGGACGCCCCGGGAGGGGAGCCUCGGCGCCCGGCCUUUGGCGCUCGGCAGCGGGCGGGGCGCCCGGCAACGGACCCAGCCGUCGCGCGCGCGGGGCUGGCCGGCUUCCAGCCCUCUCCCGGGAGCCGGGCGCCCAGCGAGGAGCCCCGCCGCCACACUCGCGGGCGCGCCGGGAGAAACGGCGGCGCGCCGCGGCUGGGCGUUCACUGCGAUUCGGGAACUUUCGGAUGGCGUGCCGCGCCGCC